CGGAUAUAGUAGAGUUCUACUGACUAAGGUAAAUGUCACAGUAAAUGUCAUAACAAAAGCUCUGUUUACAAGUUAUGUAAAUUAUUUUUUUCGCAAAACUCAGGCAGAAUGAAGUAGGAAAAGACGCGGAAAAUGUCUGGCACUGUUCUAGUAGGAGGGGGCUCAGGCUUUGUGGGCACUCACCUCACUAAAGCCCUAAGCAGCAAAAACUAUGGAGUAAAAAUCGUGUCCAGAAUGCCGGGGCCUCGUAACGUAUCGUGGCACGAAAUUGGCGCCCGAGGCCUUCCGGAAAACACCGUGGCUGUGGUCAAUUUGGCAGGUAAAUGCGGUUUGCUCUCUGCUUGCAAGCCCUACUUUAUCUCGCUCUAUCUAGGCCAAAAUGUAAUGGACUUCAAGCGACGCUGGACUGCUGGUUUUAAGCAGAAUGUCUUCAGCUCUAGAAUAAAUACCACUGCGUCAUUGGCCAAGGCUAUUAAUAACUCCUUGAAGAAGCCAAAGGUUUACAUUAGCAUGUCAGGUGUGGGGGCGUAUAAGCCAGACCCCGAGGCUGAGUAUACUGAAUGCAGCAACAUCAGGCAGUUUGAUUUUUUCUCCAAACUAGUCAUCGAGUGGGAAAAGGCCGCCGCUCUAGAUUCAGCCGCGAAAAACCAGUGCCGAGUAGUCGCAAUUAGAAGUGGCGUAGUAUUAGGCAGGGACGGCGGCAUGAUCAAGCAGCUAUAUCUUCCCUUCAUCCUGGGCUUAGGAGGGCCAGUCGGCAAUGGCGCUCAAUUCAUGCCCUGGAUUCACAUAGCCGAUUUAGUGGAUCUUAUCAUAUUUUGCAUCGAAAACAACCAGGUGGAAGGUGUAUUGAAUGGCGUCGCCCCACAAGUCUGCUCGAAUAAACAGUUUUCUAAUACCAAAUUAUUUUACAGGCUUUUGCGAAAACAUUAAACCGUCCAGCUUUCAUACCAGUUCCCAGCUUUGUCUUCAAUUUGCUUCUGGGCGCAGAAAGGGCGAAAAUGAUCACUGAGGGGCAAAAAGUGAUUCCACAGCGGACCCAGGAGCUGGGUUUUAAGUUCAGGUUUCCCACCGUUCAAAGUGCAUGCGAAAAUAUUGUUAAGGGCGCAUAAAAGGCAAAACUUCACCUUUUUCCAUGAGGGAUUUGAUUAUUGAAUUUUUCAUUUGGAAGUUCAUUGUUUAUAUUGCUGUAUCUAGUUGUUAAGUUAUUACAGUAUUUAUUAACGUU